CAUAACCUCCACAUUAGUUGGUUGUUAGGGAAAAUUGAUAUUUUCAAUUUUGGAAUAAUUGCGAAUGAUUAAAAAGUAGUGUAAUGUAUCCGACCAAUAAACAAGUUUAAAAGAGUGUUGACUUUUAUUUCGAUCUGAUUAUUCUCAAUAUAGCUCAAUUGAAAAAUGUUUUCUAUAUGUAAACAAACACAUCCAGCUACUGGAGUUGAACAUGCAAUAAGUUGCUAUUUUUUCAAUAAAACCGAAAGAAAUUUAGUUUUAGCAGGAGCAAAUAUACUAAAGGUUUUCAGACUCAUUCCAGAUGUCGAUACAAAGAGUAAAGAAAAAAUAUCAGAUAUUUAUCCUCCGAAAUCGAAACUUGAGUGCAUGGCUCAAUUUUCAUUAUUUGGGAAUAUCAUGGCCAUUGAGAGCGUUAAUCUUGCAAAUGCUCCAAGAGAUGCUUUACUUUUAGCUUUUGCCGAUGCUAAAAUGUCUGUUGUAGAAUAUGAACCAGAAAGUCAUGAUUUACGAACGUUGAGUCUACAUUAUUUUGAGGAUGAUGAUAUUAAGGAUGGGUGGACACAUCAUCAUCAUGUUCCUCUUGUACGGGCCGAUCCUGAGAAUCGUUGUGCUGUGAUGACAGUGUUUGGCAGAAAACUAGUAAUUUUACCUUUUAGAAGAGAUACUUCAAUUGAUGAUGCAGAUACUGAUGUGAAACCAAUGAGCCAAAAUGCUUAUGGUUCCAAAGCUCCUAUAUUAGCAUCUUAUAUGAUACACUUGAAGGAGUUAAUGGAUAAGAUUGAUAAUGUUAUAGACAUUCAAUUUUUACAUGGAUAUUAUGAACCAACUUUACUGAUUCUUUACGAGCCUCUCAAAACAUUUUCAGGGCGGGUGGCUGUCAGAACGGAUACUUGUGCAAUGGCUGCUAUUUCUCUAAAUUUACAACAAAAAGUUCAUCCUGUAAUAUGGAGUGUUGCAAACUUACCUUUUGACUGUACUAGAGCGAUUCCAAUUAAAAAACCUCUAGGAGGAACACUUGUAAUGUCAGUCAAUGCCUUGAUCUAUUUGAAUCAGAGCAUUCCCCCAUAUGGAGUAUCCUUAAAUAGCAUUGCCGAGAGCAGUUCAAAUUUUCCUUUGAAAUCACAAGAAGGAAUCAAAAUAAGUUUGGAUUGUGCCCAAAUAGGAUUCUUGGAGGAUGAUACAUUAGUAUUAUCACUGAAAAACGGCGAUUUGUAUGUGUUAACUUUAUUGGCUGAUAGUAUGAGAUAUGUCCGAUCUUUCCAUUUCCAUUUAGCUGCUUCUAGUGUUCUGACUACUUGUCUAUGCAUUUGUGAACACAAUUUCUUAUUUUUGGGUUCACGUUUAGGAAAUUCACUUUUAUUACGUUUUCAAGAGAAAUGCAAUGAAGUCAUAGUUCUGGACGACUCUGAAGAACCAGCAGCCAAACGAUCUAAAACAGAUGAAGAAGAAGAAGAUCGAAUAAGAGACUCUCUCACUGAUUGUAUUGCUUCUGACGUACAAGAUAUCAGAGAUCCCGAGGAGUUUGAAGUGUACGGAAGUCAACAAGAGACUAGUUUACAAUUGAAGAGUUACACAUUUGAGGUUUGCGACAGUUUAUUGAAUAUUGGACCUUGCGGUAAUUUAACUCUGGGAGAGCCAGCUUUUCUGAGUGAAGAAUUUUCUAACAGAGUGAAUAUUGACCUUGAGAUCGCAACUACCUCAGGUUAUGGCAAGAAUGGAGCUUUAUGUAUUUUACAAAAAUCAAUUAGACCACAGGUAGUAACUACAUAUACUUUACCAGGAUGUUAUAAUGUUUGGACAGUUUGCAAUGGAGGGGAUAAACAUGCUUUUCUUUUACUUGGCAGGGAGGAAGAUACAUUAGUAUUACAGACAGGUCAAGAAAUUGAUGAAAUUACAAACAGUGGAUUUGCAGUAGACUGCCCAAGUGUUUUUGCUGGAAACCUUGGUCAUAACAAAUAUAUUGUGCAAGUUACCACAGCUUCCAUCAGGUUACUUAAGGGACCAGUGCAAAUCCAACAUAUUCCGCUGAAUCUAGGGUCUGCCGUUAUUUUUGCAACAAGUGCUGAUCCUUAUAUUGCACUUUUGACCACAGAUGGACAAGUUAUAACGUUCAUGUUGAGAGAAUCUAAACAAACAGGAUCUGCCAAACUGGUUAUUAGCAAGUCCACUUUGUCUAAUGUUCCGCCGGUGACAAAUAUUUGUCUUUAUAAGGACCUUUCUGGACUAUUCUGCAACAAAAUUCCUGAAGAGUUCACAUUUAUACCACAAUCUGUUGUUAACGAUAACGAUAUUAAACCAGAUGUAGAGAACGAAGAUGAUCUUUUGUAUGGUGAUAAUAGUGAUUUCAAAAUGCCUUCUCUGAAUCCGCCACCACCAAAACCAAGAUUGAGACAUAACUGGUGGAAGAAAUACCUCACAGAACAUAAAAAAACCUAUUGGUUGUUCGUCAUACGAGAUAACUGCCAUUUGGAAUUGUACUCAGUACCGAAUUUCAAAUUGUGCUACUAUGUAGCGAAUAUUUGCCAUGGCCCCAAAGUUUUAGUUGAUAAUUUGGAAUCUGUAUUACCUGGCAGUAAUACUACGUUACAUCCAGGUGUAGAUCAUCGGAUUAGGGAAAUAUUAGUGGCUUCUUUAGGAAAUAAAGGAUCUAAGCCAAUCCUGUUUAUUAGAAUGGAGAGAGAUAUUUAUAUGUAUGAAGUGUUCAGGUAUACACGAGGAAAUCUCAAGUUGAGAUUUAGGAAAAUGAACCAUAAUAUAAUUUACCAAGGAAACACUGAUGUUCUGCAAGAUACCGAUAAUUCAGACUGGUUCUAUGUCCAUGAAAAUAUUCCUAAAAUGAGGUAUUUUAACAAUGUAGCUGGAUACAAUGGGGUUUUUAUAUGUGGUGUUGAUCCUCAGUGGGUGUUUUUGCCUACGAGAGGCGAACUGAGAGUUCAUCCUAUGAGUAUUGACGGUGAGCUGCAUUGUUUCGCCUCGUUCAACAACCUCAACUGUCAGCAUGGAUUUUUGUACAUAAACAGAAAACACGAGUUACGAAUCGGCUUGUUGCCUGUGAACUUGAGUUAUGACGCUCCAUGGCCUGUCAGAAAGGUACCUUUAAGAUGUACCCCCCACUUUGUAACUUACCAUCUGGAGUCUAAAACAUAUUGCUUGGUAACAAGCAUUGCAGAACCGUCAAAUAAGUAUUACAAAUUCAAUGGUGAAGAUAAGGAACUAUCGAUUGAAGAAAAAGGAGAACGAUUCCAGUAUCCGCCUCAAGAAAUUUUCAGUAUAAUGCUUUUUUCCCCUGUCUCUUGGGAUAUCAUACCUAGCACAAAAAUCGACCUCGAAGAAUGGGAACACGUGAAUUGUUUGAAAAACGUGUCUUUAGCGUAUGAAGGAACAAGGUCAGGAUUGAGGGGCUAUAUCGCUGUGGGCACAAAUUAUAACUAUGGCGAAGAUAUCACUUCAAGAGGUAGAAUCCUUAUUUAUGAUAUAAUUGAAGUUGUUCCUGAACCUGGUCAGCCACUGACAAAAAAUAGAUUCAAGGAAAUAUAUGCAAAAGAGCAAAAAGGUCCAGUUACGGCGUUAUCUCAAGUCAGCGGUUUCUUAGUAUCUGCUGUUGGACAAAAAAUUUAUAUUUGGCAAUUAAUUGAUAAUGACUUAGUUGGAGUAGCUUUUAUCGAUACACAAAUAUACACUCAUCAAAUUUUGGCAAUUAAAAAUCUGCUGCUAAUUGCCGAUGUCUAUAAAUCCAUAUCGCUGCUUCGAUUUCAAGAGGAACAUAGAACCCUUUCCCUUGUAUCAAGGGAUUUUAAACCAUGUGAGGUAUAUUCAAUUGAAUACUUAAUCGACGGUUCAACUUUGGGAUUCUUAGUAUCUGACAGAGAAAAAAAUCUGGUCCUUUAUAUGUAUCAGCCAGAGGCAAGGGAAUCUUUAGGAGGCCAAAAAUUACUUAGGAAAGCUGAUUUUCAUCUUGGUCAAAAUGUAAAUACAUUUUUCCGAUUGGCGGUAAAAGUUACCGAAAAAGAUGAAGAUACUAAAAUAUUCACUAGUGGAGAUAGGAGGCACAUGACAAUGUUUGCUACACUUGAUGGAGGAAUGGGAUAUAUUAUGCCUGUUCCAGAAAAAACAUAUCGUCGUUUGCUGAUGUUACAGAAUGUUUUGGUAACUCAUGGUGCCCAUAUCGGUGGUUUGAAUCCAAAGGCUUACAGAACAUAUAAAAGCCAUAGGAAAUUAUCAGCUAAUCCUUGUCGAUCAAUCAUUGAUGGUGAAUUGGUUUGGUAUUUCCUGAGUCUGACCCUCACUGAAAAAGUUGAAGUAUCAAAAAAGAUUGGUACGAAAAUUGAUGAGUUAUUGGAUGAUCUAGGGGAACUUCAGAAGUUAACAAGUCAUUUCUGAUUGAAUUUUCCUUAGAUAAUCUUAUUUUGUAUAUAAAAUGUAAUAAAGUUUUUUUCCUAU